AUGGGUUUUUCUAAAUUCAUCGUGAUCACCUUAUUAGCCGCUACCCUUUUAACCUCAGUUGAUUCUGCUGAAAAUUGUCCCAAAGGCAAAUUCGUAGGUCCACAAAAGAGGUUCAACAUUAUACUUAAAGAGGGAAAGGUCGCAAAAUCUCACUUCAAAUGGUUAUCAGAAUGUUUCGACAGAAACGUAAAACAAACUACCUCCGUAGAUUUUUCGAAAUCAAAUAAUAACAAUACCGAUGUUCUAGAUUUUUCAGUGGAAGAUGCAUUCCAAGGUUAUUCCGCUAAUUUUCAUCCUGAAUUUGUGAAGAGUGUUUUAUCAAAACGGUCGGAAAUUCAAGUUGCUGAGGAGGAUGCCGAAGUAAAGAUUAGUUCUGUUGUACCACGCUCUGUUCAGCGGAAACCAAUUUUUAAUUUGGAUCGGAUAGAUCAGGAAAGAUUUCCUUUGGAUAGAAAAUAUGAAUUCCCAAACUCUGCCGGAAAAGGUGUUAAUGUAUAUGUCGUUGACACUGGUAUCAGGAUCACCCACAAAGAAUUUGAAGGGCGCGCUACCUUUGGAAAAGCUUGUUGUUUUGGUUGUUUAACGGUCGAUGACAAUGGGCAUGGAACUCAUGUAGCCGGAACUGUUGCUGGUAAAAACUUUGGAGUUUCAAAGAAAUCAAAUCUUAUUGCCGUCAAAGUUUUAAACGCUUUUGGCUCAGGAAGCUAUUCAGAGGUUAUUUGUGGAUUGUCAUUUGUUCUUGAACAACAUCGAAAAAGCAAAAAUAAGAAAACAGUCGUCAACGUGUCACUUGGAGGUGGAAGAUCCGACGUACUCAAUAAAAUGGUAAAAACACUUACCAAAGCAGGCAUCCACGUUGUUGUAGCAGCCGGUAACAGCGCAGCAGAUGCUUGUGAAUUUUCUCCUGCCUCCGAAAAAACAGCCAUCACCGUUGGUGCCACCGAAGAUAUAACUGAUAAGGUCACCUCUUUUUCAAACUUUGGUACUUGUGUUGACAUAUUUGCACCAGGUCUUAACAUUAAAUCCGCUGGUUUUGAAACCAAUAAUUCUACGAAAGUUCUCUCUGGUACAAGUAUGUCCUCACCUCAUGUUGCUGGAACUGUGGCCUUGAUUAUUGCUAAUAAUGGAAACACCUCCCCAGCAAAUAUGGCCAAGAAAUUAAAACAACUUGGGACAAAUAAUGUCAUUCCACGUGAAACUUUAAAAGGUAGCCCAAAUGAAUUUUUAAGAAUUCCUAAAAAGUAG